CUUGCAUCCAACUCAAACACAUUCUAUUUUGUCCCUCAAAAAUAUUUUCUCUAAAUUAAAUUUUAUAAAAAAAAUAUAUUUGCUUUUUUUGCUUAAAAGAAUGGCAAUGUCAAAAACCCUUGCUCUUUUGUUAUUUGUCACUUUGAUGCUUAUUGCAUUGACAACAAUCCAGGCUGCUAGUCAAUCUCAGGCACAAAUCCAAAGUAGCCACCCAAUGUAUGGUGCAUCACAAGGAAGCCUACACCCUCAAGAGUGUGGAGGAAGGUGCACAAUGAGAUGCUCAGCAACAGCAUACAAGAAACCCUGUAUGUUUUUCUGUCAGAAAUGCUGUGCUAAAUGCCUGUGUGUCCCACCCGGUACCUACGGCAACAAACAACUUUGUCCUUGCUACAACAACUGGAAGACCAAGAGAGGAGGCCCUAAAUGCCCUUAAUUUUUAGGACUACCUCUCUUUUCUCAACUACUACUAGCACUACUACACUAUAUUUAUUGCUACUACACAAGUUCUCCUUAGCGUAAUUCUCGAGAAAUUCUUGUGUGGACUUAAUACGCAUUUUAUUUUUUCAUUCAGUCUAACUAUUGUAUAACUGCUUUUCUACUAUUAGUAUUGUACUAAGUUUUAGGUCUUUUUUACGAUCUACUGCAAGAAUUAGAGGAACCUUAAUCUGAUUUCUUGUAUUAUAUUUAUAUAUGAUAUGGUAUGGUUUUAUUAUGCUUCCAA